CUAAGAGUGCAGUGACGUGCUGGUGCUCCGUCAGAGCAGCGGUCUCUGACUGACAGCACUGUUGGGACAGCUGCUGUCCCGCCCGGCUGAAGACAUUCGACUGAAGCCAGCCCGAAGCGGAGCUUCAGAAAUCCCCGGGACAUUCUGAACUGAAGGGGCUCCGGAAUGGGGCGGACCAAGCGUGCGGGGCUGUUGCCACAUGAGUUAUCGCUUUUGUUGUCGCUCUAAGACCCGGGCGGCAUGUUUUGGUGGCGGCUUGAAACACAAGUGGAACUGUACUUUUCUUCAUGAUAGUUUGCGCUGAUGUGCGCGUCUUUUGCGCACAGGCGCGCUGAUCUUCGCGCAGCGAUCUUCUGUCUCUGCCGCUCUUCCAUCCUUGCAGCGCAGCGGUUUUGGAUGAACAUGCGUGGAUGAUGUUGUGCUUUUUUUGGGGAGGGAGCGCGUGCAUUUUCCAUCAAAAAUACAGCACGAAUAAAGCAUGAACUUGGAUACGAUCAAUCAAUAAAGGAGAAGUAAAAAGGUAAUUCACGUCUGAAGUGGCGAGUAAAAAGGGAAGCUGUGUGGAGGAAACCAUCAGAGGAACCAGACAAAAACCUGCAGGUCUGUGGAGAAUGAGGACAAGGGGGAACAGAUGAGGUGUUCAGUGUCAAUAAAGGAAAAAAAGGGAAUAGGAGGAAUUAUAAAGCUCAGUCAGGGGAGGAGGGGGUGAUGGCGGGCAGAGGUACCGGGGAUGACACUCUCCAUGCGCCGACCGCAGCCCUAUCAGCAGCCGCAGCAGCAUGAGGAAGAGGAGAUUGGAACAAGGAGACGCAAAGGAGGUGGCUCUUAUCGCAAUCUGAAGGGGACAAGACAGAUAAUAUGACCCUGUGUUUGCCUGGAGAGCCCGAGAAGAGCAAAGAAGAAACUCCCAAAAACAGAAAAAUGCUGGUCUCGUAGCAGUGCUGGGAGCCGGUUCAAAGCUGCUACAUGCAAAAACUGAAAGCUUUAAAUGUUGCCCUGACUCUAACAGGAGGCUCACUCCGACCCAUCUGCCAGGUCAGAUAAUCCUCUGAUUGUUGGCAGCCACAUGUUUGAGGUGACUUUGGGUGACUGCCACUGCCGCAGCCCAUUCUCAAGCAGCCGCAGCAGCAGCCUCCUGCGUCCCCGAUCUGCACCAUGCAGUGGAGACGACGGCACUGCUGUCCCAUCAAGGUGACCUGUACCGUCAAGCGAUCGGCCUUUCGGACCCAUGUGGUAGCUCUACUCUUCUUGGCCCUGCUCUUCACCUUUUUAUUAUUUUUUAGUCAUCAGGACAGGCUACCCGGAAGAAGUGGGGCUCGCGAAAAUCCACUUGCUUACACCAUUAGAGGUUUUCGCAGUCCCAAAGGAGAGGUCAACCAGAGCAGCUCUCUGAGGGGCCUGUGGAAGGAUUCAGGGUAUGUACCACCAAAGCCUCUGCUUAACCUGAGCUCCCAGCAAGCCGAGGGUGCGGCGGUGGAGCCAGGAGGAGGUGGAGCCAGGAUGGGUGUAAUGGGGCUGGGUGACUCCAUGAGUUCCAACAACAGUUUACAAAAAGAAAUGGGUGUUGGAGGGACUCUUAGUGCUGAACCCUAUCCAUACAUCUUGAAUGAACCCUUUAAGUGCAGGGACUCUACACCCUUUCUCAUCCUCCUUAUUGCUGCAGAACCUAGACAAACAGAUGCUCGCAAUGCAAUCCGACAAACAUGGGGAAAUGAAAGUGUAGCAAUGGGCUUGGGCUUUGUCCGGCUUUUUAUGCUCGGCAAAGGCAAAAGUUCUGACACUUUCCUUCAGAGCAGCAUUGAAGAAGAGAGUCGUCUUUACCACGAUAUCAUCCAACAGGACUAUAAGGACACUUAUUACAACCUAACCAUCAAAACCUUAAUGGGAAUGAACUGGGUAGCUACCUAUUGUCCACAUGUCUCUUAUGUGAUGAAGACAGACAGUGAUAUGUUUGUCAAUACAGAGUAUCUCAUCCAAAAGCUCCUAAAACCUGAGAUGCCACCCAAGCAGAGGUAUUUUACUGGCUACCUGAUGAGGGGCUACGCACCAAAUCGAAACAAAGACAGCAAGUGGUACAUGCCACCAGAGCUUUAUGCCAGUGAGCGCUACCCGAUAUUCUGCUCAGGCACAGGAUAUGUGUUCUCAGGGGACAUGGCGCAGCUGAUCUAUCAAGCCUCUCUCAGCAUCCGCAGGCUGCACCUGGAGGACGUCUAUGUGGGAAUCUGCCUGGCAAAGCUGCGCAUUGACCCAGCACCCCCUCCCAACGAGUUCCUCUUCAACCACUGGCGCGUCUCUUACUCCAGUUGUAAGUACAGCCACCUGAUCACAUCCCAUCAGUUCCACCCCAAUGAGCUCAUCAAGUACUGGAACCACUUACAGAGCAACAAGCACAAUGCCUGCAUCAACAUGGCCAAGGAAAAGAACAGCAGGUACAGACACCGAAAGUUUCACGCCGAAAGGUCUCAAUGAUGGACGCUGUAACUUCAAACUGGUUUGAAGAAAUGACGGACACACCAAAACUUGCUUGGAGGGAAUAUUUAACUCAGCACUAUUCACUGUAUGGGCAAAAGCACAUUGUAUUUGGUAUUGUGUACAGUUGAUGAUUCAAACUAUUUUUUUAAUUUAGAAAAAGAAAGAAAGCAGAGUAAUCAUAUUGAGGAUUUUCUUAAAGGGAAACCGGCGUUGCAGAGCUCUAGCUCAAGAAUGGUGUUAAAUUCAGGUGCCAAGUGAGAAAUGGUAGUUCAUGUUCUCUUCUCGAUGGUAGUGCAAUAUGUAAGAGUAUACAAAAAUAACAGAAACGUGGAAAAUGUUAAGGUGCAGCUGGCCUUACACAUGCAAAAGGAACUGUAUAUGUAUUGUGUUGAAAAGUUACACUACCUACAUAUGAAUGAAUUACAUGAAUCAUUGACAUCAACUACUUAUGCUGCCCUGUUUCUCAAGUGUUUACUUUACAGAUUUCUCUGAGAAAACUUCUUUAAAGACUGGUUACCUGUUAUAAACCCAAUUUAUUUUUCAAGAAAUCUACACGAAAGCAUCUGGAAUCACAUCAGAGAUGACUAAGAUUGUAUUUUUUAAAGCUUUACAUUUGACUAUGAUUCUGCACUUGAGUAAAUGUGCAAGGAAUUAUUAAAAAAAUAAUAAUAAAUGUAAGGAAUUCA